AUGAGUUCCUCCAGCGACCAUGACCUUGAAAAGGGUCACCUGGGGCUCACGAAUGAGAAUGACGUGUCAAACCUGGACGAUAACUCGAUCAACGAGUACAAAGGGUUUGAUGAGCAUACGAGCAAGGAUAUCCAGGAGCUUGCCAGAACCUUCACCAAUGACCUGAUCGGCAAGUUGGACUCCCGCGCCACUUCAAUUGGCCUUCGCAAGUACUUGUCUCACAUGUCGGCAGUUCCUGGUGUCCUGCCGUAUAAGCAAGACGAGGUUGAAGAUUCGUUGAACCCUGACUCCGAAAACUUCGAUGCCAAGUUUUGGGUGAAGAACAUGCGGAAAUUGAUGGACCUGGACCCCGACUUUUACAAGCCGUCCAAGCUUGGUAUCGCCUACCGUGAUUUGCGUGCGUACGGGGUUGCUGCCGACUCCGACUACCAACCUACCGUCGAUAACGCCCUCUUCAAGUACGCUGCUGAAGGUGCGCGCAUGUUGCAAAAGAAGGAUGAACUGCGGUACUUCGACAUUUUGAAGUCUAUGGAUGCCAUGAUGUGCCCCGGUGAAGUGACUGUCGUCUUGGGCAGACCCGGUGCUGGUUGCUCUACUCUCCUCAAAACCAUUGCCGCUCACACUUACGGGUUCCAUGUUGCUCCUGAAUCGAAGAUCUCCUACGAUGGCAUCACGCCUAAGGAGAUUGAGAAGCAUUUCCGGGGUGACGUGAUUUACUCCGCCGAAACCGAUACCCACUUUCCUCACUUGUCGGUCGGUGAUACACUUGAUUUCGCUGCCCGCUUGCGGACCCCUCAAAAUCGUCCCGAAGGCGUCACUCGUGAAGAGUACGCCAAGCACAUGGCGCUGGUAUACAUGGCGACUUAUGGUUUGUCGCAUACCCGCAAUACUUGUGUGGGUAACGAUUUCGUUCGUGGUGUUUCUGGUGGUGAACGUAAGCGUGUGUCUAUCGCUGAAGCCUCGUUGUCCGGUGCUAACUUGCAAUGUUGGGAUAACGCUACCCGUGGUUUGGAUGCUGCCACUGCUCUCGAGUUCAUCCGGGCUCUUAAGACCUCCGCCGCUAUCUUGGAACUGACGCCGUUGAUCGCCAUCUAUCAAUGUUCGCAAGAAGCUUACGACUUGUUCGACAAUGUUGUCGUCUUGUACGAAGGUUACCAGAUUUUCUUCGGUCGUGCUGAUAAAGCUAAGCAGUUUUUCUUGGACCAAGGUUGGGAUUGCCCUCAACGUCAAACAACCGCUGACUUCUUGACAUCGUUGACAAACCCUGCUGAACGUACUCCUCGUCCUGGCUUUGAAAACAAGGUGCCUAAGACUCCUCAGGAAUUUGAAGCUUACUGGCGCAACUCUCCCGAAUACAAGCUGUUGAUCCUGAAGAUUGAUACCCACAUGGCUACUGUUGCCCAAGAAAACAACUCCGAGCGUUAUCACGAAUCUCACGUUGCCCGCCAAUCGAAGCACUUGUCGCCUAAGUCGCCCUACACCGUGUCAUUCUUUAUGCAGAUCCGGUAUCUCGUUGCCCGGAAUUUCUUGCGGAUGAAGGGUGAUCCUUCGGUUCCCAUUUUCUCGGUUGUUGGUCAAGUGGUCAUGUCCUUAAUUUUGUCUUCGGUGUUCUACAACUUGGACCAGACAACUAAUUCAUUUUACCAGAGAGGUGCUGCUAUGUUCUUCGCUGUGUUGUAUAACGCCUUUGCAUCGUUGUUGGAAAUCAUGUCCUUGUUUGAAGCCCGCCCCAUUGUUGAAAAGCACAAGAAGUAUGCCCUUUAUCGGCCAUCUGCUGAUGCGUUGGCAUCGAUCAUUUCUGAACUUCCAGUCAAGUUUGUGAUGUCUGUCGGUUUUAAUUUCGUGUUCUACUUCAUGGUCAACUUCCGUCGUAACCCGGGGAGAUUUUUCUUUUACUGGUUGUUGUGUUUCUCGUGUACUUUGGUUAUGUCCCAUUUAUUCCGUCUGAUUGGUGCCGUUUGUACUUCACUUCCUCAAGCCAUGACCCCUGCUACUGUACUUUUGUUGGCCAUGGUUAUCUUCACUGGUUUUGUCAUUCCUUUCCCGUCGAUGUUGGGUUGGUCGAAGUGGAUCUACUGGAUCAAUCCUGUCCAGUAUGUCUUCGAGGCUCUUAUGUGCAACGAAUUCCACAACAGACAGUUUAAGUGUGCCCAGUGGGUUCCGUCGCCCUUGGUCGACUCCAAGUACGCCAAUUUGCGUCCCAAUGAAAUGGUUUGUGCCGCCGUUGGUUCCGAACCUGGUCAAGAAUAUGUCCAGGGUACCAAAUACUUGGCUGUGGCUUACCGUUAUUCCAAUGGUCACAAGUGGAGAAACUGGGGUAUCACUGUUGGGUUCAUUGUCUUCUUCUUGUUUGUGUACAUCUCCUUGACCGAAUUCAACAAGGGCGCUAUGCAAAAGGGUGAAAUCACUUUGUUCUUGAGAGGCCACAUCCGCAAGCUCAAGAAGCAAGCUAAAAAGGCCAACGUUGACAUGGAAACUGGUACUGAAAAGGCUGCCGUUCGCGACGUCAUUGAAGCCGAAGCUUACGAAAAGGGAAAUGAAAAGGCCAGUGAUUACAUGGAGAAGCACCAAGAAGAGCAUAAGGACAUUUUCCACUGGCGCGAUCUUACUUACCAAGUUAAGAUCAAGAAGGAAGACCGUGUUAUUUUGGACCACGUUGAUGGCUGGGUGAAGCCUGGUCAGUUGACUGCCUUGAUGGGGGCCUCCGGUGCUGGCAAGACUACCUUACUCAAUUGUUUGUCAGAAAGAGUUAGCUCUGGGGUUGUCACCGAUGGUGUGCGUAUGGUUAACGGUCAUCCUUUGGACAGUUCUUUCCAAAGAUCCAUCGGUUACGCCCAACAACAAGAUUUGCACUUGCCUAAAGCUACCGUUAGAGAAGCUUUGAGAUUCUCGGCUUACCUUCGUCAACCUCGUCAUGUUAGCAAGGCUGAAAAGGAUGCUUAUGUCGAAUACGUCAUUGACUUGUUGGAAAUGAGACUUUAUGCCGAAGCCCUUGUUGGUUUUCAAGGUGAAGGUUUGAACGUUGAGCAGCGUAAGCGUUUGACUAUUGGUGUUGAACUUGCUGCUAAGCCUAAGGUGUUGUUGUUUUUGGAUGAACCCACUUCCGGUUUGGAUUCUCAAACUGCGUGGUCUAUCUGUAAGUUGAUGCGGAAACUCUGCGACCAUGGUCAAGCUAUUUUGUGUACUAUCCACCAGCCCUCGGCUUUACUUAUGCAAGAAUUCGAUCGGUUGUUGUUCAUGCAAAAGGGUGGUAAGACGUGUUACUUCGGUGAUCUUGGUGAAAACUCUUCAACUUUGAUUAACUACUUUGAACUGCAUGGUGCUCAUAAGUGUCCCCCUCAAGCCAACCCCGCUGACUGGAUGUUGGAAGUUGUCGGUGCCGCCCCCGGUUCUAAGGCUAAUCAGGACUACCACGAAGUUUGGAAGAACUCGGAAGAAUACAAGGCUGUGCGUGCUGAACUCAAUGAUAUGGAAACUAGACUUGGUGCUAUCCCUAAGGAAGAGGACCCUGAUGCUAACAAGAAGUAUGCUGCUCCUCUUUGGAAGCAAUAUUGUCUUGUGACUUGGAGAACUUUGCUUUCUGACUGGCGUUCACCUGGUUACAUCUACUCCAAGGCGUUCUUGGUGGUGUCUUCUGCGAUUUUCAACGGUUUUGCUUUCUUUAAGGCUGAUACUUCAAUGCAAGGUCUUCAAAACCAGAUGUUCUCGGUCUUCAUGUCGUUUAUUCCUUUCAACACCAUGGUGCAACAAAUGUUGCCUUACUUUGUUCAGAACCGUGAAGUCUACGAAGUUAGAGAAGCUCCAUCGCGUACCUUCUCGUGGUUUGCAUUCAUGGCUGCUCAAAUAUCGUCGGAAAUCCCGUUCCAGUUUGUUCUUGGUGUCUUAGCUUACUUGUGUUGGUACUACCCAGUCGGCUUGUACCGUAACGCUGAACCGACUGACGCCGUCCAUGAACGUGGUGCCUUGGUCUGGUUGUUAAUGACUACCUUUUAUGUCUACACUACGACCAUGGGCCACUUGUGCAUUUCAUUCAUCGAAAUUGCUGAGAACGCUGCUAACUUGGCCGUGAUGUUGUUUACCAUGUGUCUUACCUUCUGCGGUGUUUUGGCUGGUCCUGAUGUUUUACCAGGCUUCUGGAUUUUCAUGUACCGGUGCAACCCUUUCACUUACCUUAUCCAAGGUAUUUUGGCAGGUUCGCUCGCUAACACCAAGGUUGUUUGUGCCACCAGAGAACUUGUCCAAUUUUUCCCUCCUGACGGUCAAACCUGUGGUCAAUUCAUGGAAGCCUACAUUUCCAAGGCAGGUGGCUACCUUACCGACCCUAACACUACUGGCGAAUGUAACUUCUGCCAAAUGGCGUCGACCAACGCUUUCUUGACGCAGGUGAACAUCAAGUACAGCGAAAGAUGGCGUAACUUUGGUUUGGUUUGGUGUUUCGUUGCCUUUAACAUUUUAGCUGCUAUCUUCCUUUACUGGCUUGCCAGAGUGCCUAAGGGUAACAGAGAAAAGAAGAAGAAGGCCUAA